UCAUCAGUCCUUCUUCUUUCACUUCUUCAGAAUUUAUAUUCUUGCAUCGUUAUGGGCAUCUUCCUCCUCAUUUCCCCAUCUUCCCUUUCUGGCUUUGUUGCUUGGUUCUAGUUUUCUCGUACUCGUCAAAAGACCUGCUCCGCUGUGUGAGCAUGCCGACGGCGCUGGAACAAUCCGAGCUCCUCGGCCAGACAAUCGAGACAAUCCAAGCGAAGCAGACGGAUCUGCUGCUCUUGUAAAUCCGGUCCGCUCCCGCGCUGAUUCAGGCUCUGAUUCUGCCCUCCCUCUCUCUCUCGAUUCGUCCACCAGCGCGCUCAUUCCAACUACUGUUGGCGAGCGUACCGAUCACGCCAUCCCAGCUACUACACGCCUGCGCCUUCUAUCACCAGUCAGUCCUUGGUGAUCCUGGUCGCCCGCCAGGCGUGUGCUUGUUCUUCCUGCGCCCAAGGUCACGAUGAAAUAUCAGCGAGAAAUUCUACCCUCAGGCCCAUCAGUAGCCAGCAGCGUCUCAUCAGGACGGGACUUGACCCCGCAAUCCGUCACCAGAGCCGCCUCAAGUGCGCCUAGACGGCAUCCCCUGACAAAGAUUGCUUGCACCUUUUGUCGUCGGAGGAAAUCAAAGUGCGAUGGCCACCGUCCCGUGUGCUCCAUGUGCGCCAGCAUGGGCCGUGCAAUGUGUAAGUACGAUGGCGGUCCAGACGUUACUCGCUUUGCCGCCCUCAAAACCAAGCAUGAGGAACUGCAGCACCGCGUUACCCUCUUUGAAGAAUUCUUCCACCUGCUGUCGAUGCGCUCCGAGGCCGAGUCCGUCGAAAUCAUCGGCCGCAUGCGCAUCGCCAACAUUGAAACGGACCUCGAAGACCUCGUCAAGUUCAUCAAGAACGCCGACUUGUUGGUGCAAAUGGCCUCCGCCCAGUCGGACCAGACACCUCCGGCCUCAGGAGAGCCAAGUGUCGACACGCAACUCCCAACCGUGCCCCUGGACUAUGUGUCCUCACUCCUUGAGCUCUUAAAACCGGCCGUUUCCAAACUCGACGCCUCGGCCCAGACUGCUUUACUCGACAUGAUUAGACAUGUAUUAGAUGCCUUCGCCUCACGCGAAGGCGGUCGAUCAGGCUUCGCGGAAACAGUGAAACCGGACGGAGAGGCACACGCAGAGAUGAACGGCGGGCGCCCCCGAAUACAUAUGGGGUUUCCCGAGCGGCUACUUAAUGAUGACAUGAUGAGACCGAACUGACGCGCGUAUACCAUAUACCCUCGGAGAUUGGCGCAUUCUUGGAGGACGGCCCUGAGCGAAUAAGGGUCAUAAGAAGGAGGCGGUCGGUUAGCCUCAAGCUGGCAUGAGAGAUUGACCAGUUGAUCGCGGUGAACUCUGCGCAUACAGACUACGAGCCGAAACAGGCGGCGGGCUUGGGAAACUACCGGGUCGUGACAGGGCGUGAGGAUUCCUUCUGAAAUCGAGUUCGGCUUUCUUUGUGGACAACUAAACAGAAGGAUAGGAGGGUAGGAAAGGCUUUAGAAGUAUAUAGACAUAGAAUAAGUAGAAAAGGCUGUUAGUAGAGGGGCAACUACAUCUAAUAUCUA